CGACGCGGGCCACAGUCCACCUCUUGGACACGUGCCGCGUUCUGCGCUCCGAGGCGUGGUUACAUGUCAGCCUCCACAGGGAGUGCGUCGAGCUAUAGCACGUGAGGGACCGGAAUCAGUGGCGGGGACGGCAGCUCUUCCUUCGGCAGUUUCGCCUCGCUUCGCGGACUACGCAACUCCUCUGGCAUCGUCUGCUGUUUCUGAUGCCCGAAGAGGACCGCAGGGACUAUCAAGGGUGCAAUAUGACUUACGUCAGCAGGACGGCCAAGUUAUGCGAUCGCAAUUUGGAGAAUGCAAGGGAGGCGGCCCAGAUUGUGAACGACGACGCGUAUCCGCACAGUCCAAGUCAAGGAUGGCAGAUGGUUUGCAGACUGGUAAAGGAGUACAGGUUCUGCAUGAGCGAGCUCCUUGCCGGCUGCCACAACAUCGAUGAAGAGGUCAACCACAAGAUGAUGGUGAACGUGCGCGCCGAAGGUCUUCACUUCUGCUUCGCCGGCGGCGCCCGGUGCGCAGCCACAGCACCGUUGGCUAUCGCGCUCGCACCCGUGGCACUAUGGGCCCGCGCAGCGCAGCGCCCGUGACCUAUAUUGACCACCGAUCUCCGCGAGGACUUGGAUGUACUAGUCACUGCGUGAAAUCCUGGCAAGGAAACGCGCGAGCGUUGUCCAGAGAGCAAUUAGCGACAGCCUUCUAC